AACACAUUUCAGCAAGCGAGGUGGACCUGGUGAUAAACGGCUUUGAAUUUUCUCGGUUCACUUUUUCAGUCACUCACGUCUAAACGAAAAUAAGGUAGCAGGAGAAGUUUGACUAGCGGUCGUUUUGAGUCUUGCAGACGAACGCAGCACAGCAAGCAGCAAUUUUACACAGAGCCGAGCCGAGCCGAGCCGAGCGGACACGGGUUUGUCUGGCAGCAUGUGAAAAUCUCGCCGGGGAAAUUUUGGCGACGAAAUAUAUAGUAUAUUUAUUGGUAAUAACCAAUACAAAACGGCCUUUUCAUCUCCGCAUCACGAAGCAAGCCAAACAAAAAAAAAGAGUUUUGUUUUGCGUGACAACUUCUGUGUUUUGCAAACAUGUAAAUGUUGCAUUUUCAGUUUCGAGUGAAACUGUAGGAAGUUGAAACCUGUACGGACUCGCUCACAGUUGUGACAUGGUAACUGUUGAAAAAGAAAAGUCGGUUUGCAAUGACAACAUCCAGAAAGACGAACGCAAAAGCAGAAAGGAUUUGUUUAAAUUAAUUCAAAGAUUGCAUCAAUCGGUGGACUUUGGAAACGUCGGAGUUUUGUCAUUCCACAAGACUGCACUGAGCAAACGUGGAGAUUUUGUGACACAUAUUUCUUCAUUCAGUUUGUUGUGACGUUAAAUUCAGAAGAAAACUGAACUGUGCCGGGCAAGUCUUGAAUUUUCUUCUGUUUUGAGAUUAUUAUAGUUUUGUUUCUUGUCAGUAUGUGUGCAAGAAAACCUUAGAGAUCGCUCUCUAUUUAUGAUGUGAAACCGGUGGGCUUUUAUAUAUUUAUUUAAUUUUGGCAAGAAGAACGGAAUAACUUUUUUUAAAUACUUUGUUUCUCUUGAAAAAAAAAAACAACAACACUUAUUUAUUUUUUUAAAAAUGGGUUCACUGAGGGCCCUUCAAGAAUGGUGUCGCAUCCAAUGUGAAAACUACCCCGAUGUGGAGAUUAAAAACAUGACCUCCUCGUUUCGGGACGGGAUGGCCUUCUGCGCGAUCAUUCACAAGCACAGACCCGACUUGAUAGACUUCGAUUCCCUUUCUAAAGACAAUGUAUAUGAAAACAACAGACUGGCGUUUGAGGUGGCGGAGUCGGAGCUCGGAAUCCCAGCUCUGCUGGACCCCGAUGACAUGGUUGCCAUGAAGGUGCCUGACCGUCUGAGCAUCAUAACCUACGUCUCUCAAUACUACAACUGCUUCAGCAGCAAGGGGCAAGCGUCGGCUCCCCCCUCUAUGAAGAGGCCGAGUGGUAUGGCCCACAGCGAGCCUGCAGUGAAGAAGCCAGUGACAGCGGUGGAGAGAGUGGUUGAGCCCAAGAGCUCCCCUGUCCCAGGGGGUGUCCUGCCCCAUCGAGGGACCCUGAGCAGCACCUGCACCGCCUGCCAGAAACACGUCCAUUUGGUGCAGAGAUACCUGGCCGAGGGGAGGCUGUACCACCGCAACUGUUUCAGGUGUAAGGAAUGCUCCAGCACUCUCUUACCAGGCUCUUACAGAGCCGGCUCUGAAUCGGGCUCCUUUGUCUGCACGCAUCACUACGGGAAUCCCUCAGCCAAUCAGAACGGCCGGCCAGACCUCAGCCAGCUGGGGGGAGGAGCCACGGCUGAGACCCCGCCCUCUGGGAGGGACCAGGCUCAAGCGUUCUCUGUGCGGAGGCUUUCUGAGCGCUUCUCCGGAGCACGAGGGACCUACACUCCCCACGCACUGAAACAGGAGGAGAGCAGAGCGCUGGCACAGGAAGACACAAGCGUGCCGGAACAGGGACGGGAAAGUGUGCCGGUAGGUGGAGACGCAGCCGUAUCGGGACAGGAAGUGAGAAGUGAGCCACAACAGGAAGACAAAAGUGUGUCAGGAAUGGAAAUCGAGAAUGCGUCUGGACAGGAAGACAAGAGUGUGGCGGAACAGGAAGAGAGAACUGAGCCGCCACAGGAAAACCAAACUGGACCGGAACAGGAAGUCACGACUGUUACAAAAGAGACACACAAAACUGUGCCACGACAGGAAAUGGUUGAACCUCAACAGGAAGUGCCUUCCGUCCCGCCCAACCCCUUCGACGACAGUGAUGAGGAGGAGGAGCCCAGAGCGGGAGUGUCCAACGGGGUCCCUCACUCCAGCCAAUCGGGGGCUGGGGUCGGGUCUACUAGCAGGCCUGUCCCCACCCCUCGCAGGAUUCCAGAACCCGACACCCCCUCCCCGAGGCCACACCCAGUCCCCAAACCGAGGGGACUGACGGCACAGGAAGUGACAUCGAGAGAGAUGAACGGUGACCCAGUACAGUCCAGUAGAACCAGUCUCAGACCCAGCGACCGAUCCCAGUCCCCAGCUAGGAAAGUUCCGCCCUGGAUGGCUCUGGUCCAAUCAGAACCCAGAAAGAAGCCGGCGCCUCCCCCUCCCCCUGGCACAGCCACGCCCCCUCGCUCGUGUUCUAAGCCCGCCCUCAAGGGUGAGGUAUCAGUUCCUGAAACCCCGCCCACUUCCAAGAACCCCUUCGAUGAUGAUGAGGGGGAGGAGGUGGGGCCAGGAUGCAGCAAGACCACGCCCCCCUCGACAGGGGGAGGAGCUCUGAGGCCGGGACACCCCUGGUAUGGGAUCACCCCCGACAGCAGCCCCAAACCCAAGAAACCUCUCGCUCCCAGAGCACCUCCCACUGCAGCUCAGACUCACUCCUCCCCCUCCUCCACCAGCCCCUCCCCAGCCGUCAGUGUGGAGAGCAUGUCCUCCGACACUUCCUCCAAGUCUCCACCAGAGGGCAGCGCCUGCCCAGAGUCUCCCGUCACCAAGAGUGUCUCCGAGCCCUCCAUCAGCAGCCCCGCCCACUCCAACGCCGCCUCAGCUAAUCAGAUGCCUCUCCCCUCCUCUCGACCCGUCCCUGCCGGCCCUCCAGCCAAUACCAGCUCGGCUCCCGCCACCCCACAGCCCAACCGCAGUGUCAGUCUGAGGAAGUCCCGCCCCCCUCCUCCCCCCAGACCACCCUCCACCUCCAGCCCCAUGGCUGUGCUGUUCCCAGCGGAGUCCAGGACCCCACCCAAGCCCCCUGCUCCUUCUACACAGACCCCCAAGCAGCUGGCUAAGAGCUCCUGUAAGGAGAACCCUUUCAACAGGAAAUCUGCCUCCCCUUCCCCAAUCCCCUCCCCACAACACAAGAGCUCCCGGGGCCCCAAACCAGCGCGACCCCCGGCCCCUGGUCACGGCUUUCCACUCAUCAAGAGAAAGGUGCAGUCUGACCAGUAUAUUCCAGUUGAAGAUAUCCAGGUGGAAAUGGAGAGCAUUGAGGUGCAGCUGGAUGAAUUGGAACACCGAGGGGUUGAGAUGGAGCAGAGACUGAGACAGUGUGAGGACGAUGAUGCGGAGGAGGGCAUGCUUGUUGAUUGGUUCAAGCUGAUCCAUGAGAAGCACCUGCUGGUGAGGCGGGAGUCGGAGCUCAUGUACACGAGGAAACAGCAGAAUCUAGAGGAGAGACAAGCUGACGUGGAAUAUGAACUGAGGUGCCUGCUCAACAAACCAGAGAAAGACUGGACAGACGAUGACCGAAUGAGGGAGCAGGAGCUGAUGCAGGAGUUGACGACUAUCGUUGAGCAGCGGAAUGCUAUUGUCAACUGCCUGGACGAGGACCGGCAGAGGGAAGAGGAGGAGGAUAAGAUGCUGGAAACCAUGAUCAAAAACAAAGAUUUCCACAAGGAGGGGGACAGCGAGCCCAAGAAGAAAGGCAAGUUCAAGCCCAUGAAGGUGUUCAAACUGCUGGGGAGCGGAGGCAAGGCUGAGGGGAAGAGCCGGUCUCCCAAAGACAAGGUCAAGAGCUCUCCGCCGCAGUAGAGAGAGGGAGAGGGGGUCUGAACACAUCCACAACAGGGGGGGCCCUUACUGUUUGGGGGAGGCCCCAAGUAUCAGGCUAAUGGGCUGGUUGGACCCAAGGAUGGAUACCCCCAUUGCAUAGCAGUGUGAUCCAUUCCUGGUUUCUAUGAGUUUAAUAAUAAGACACACCUGGGUUUGUUACCACACUGGGGCUAAUCAAGCUUAUAGCAGUAAAACCUGCAAAGGGGGACACCGCUAUGCAAUAGGAGUCUUAUUUCCAUCCCUAAUCUAUCUGUCUAAAUACCAGUUAUCAGCAAUAUACUGUAGCUCUCGUCACUGUAAAAUCAGCUACAAACCUCCUUCAACCAAAGUAUCUACAGGGAUGGGAAUCAGAUUCCCGCUGCACAGCAGUGUGAUCCUGGUUUCACUAGGUGUUUAAUAAUAAGACACACCUGAGCUUGUUAGCUAGACACACUGGGGGCUGAUCAAGCUGAUAGCUGUAAAACCUGGAAUGGCUGACACUGCUCUCAAUAUCUGACCCCAGUAUUCAGGGUUCCCAAUAUUUAGGUGCUCUUCAAUACCGCCACCACUGAACUGUACAUGACCCUAUACUGUACCCAAUGGGAGAUAUGCAAAUUAGAAAACUAGAAUAUAUAUUUUUUUGUUACCAUGGUUAUAAUGUCGCUCCCUGUUAGAUACAGCUAAUGCAUCUCACCCACUAUUGCACUUUUCUUUCUUCACUAAUUUGCUUGACAAGAAGCACACUGUAUUAUACGGCAAUACAAACCCACAGCUGUCUUUAACUAAUGUAUUCUACCACUUCAGGUACACUUUGUGUGGCAUUUUUCUGUUUCCUAUGGUCUCACUGGAGCUCCCAUGUGUGAUCUAAAUGCUGGUGUGACCCUCCCUGUCCUCCACCUACACUCUGCCCCCUACUGGAUGUAAAAAGUACUGCAUGUUACAGCUACGGCCAGGAGUUUUGCAUCCCGUAGAAGUUUAGGAUUGAGGCAUCAUUUUGAAAAAAAAGAAAAGUCUGCCGGAAGUCAUUAUAGUAUUAUUUCAUGUUAGAUUUUGAAAUGUCACGUGUUUCCACAGUUUUUUUAAGUAUAUGUAAUUCAAUAUUUUAGCUUAGCAUUAUUCAGCAGGUUUCAUUCGACUUUAUGAAGGGAGAUUAGUUAAUUCUAUAGGGUGAUGCAAAACUUCUGGCCACAGCUGUAGAUGCAAAUAAAGAUGGCUGCUGUACCUCUUGCACCCGCUAGGGGGCAGCAGCGUGGUAAUAAUGGCUCCACAGGUGCAGCUGAUGCAGAUUCUGGGAGCUCCAUUGAAACCAAAUCGGAGACAAAUCUGAGAAAAUACGUUGGUUAAGAUUACUGUGAUGUCAGACUCGUACAGAGUUUGUCUUUGGUGGUAACGCCUGUCUUUCUGAUGAAAACCACUUUUUAUUUUUGGUUUAUUUCUUUAAAUACUGACUUUAACUGUAACCCCUGGGACAUCUGAUUCUGUGUGUAUUUUAAUGAUUUUUUUUUUUUUUUUUUGCUUAAAAAAAGAGUUUUGUUAAUGUACAGAUUUUAAAUGCGUUUUGUAGAAAAUAGAGAAAUAGUUUUAUUUAUACUGUCAGUGCAAUUUAUUUUAUUUUGUAUUUAUUUUUAUUUUAAGCAGAUGUUCAAAUAAUUGGCAAUAACAGAAGGUUCAAACAAGGUUAUAUUAUUAAAACAUGGGGAUCGCUUUGCCUUUAACUCCUGUAUUCUCAGACUGAUAUAAUGUGAUCAAAUAUGAAAUUCAAUGUCUCUGUCAAUAUCGUCAUUGAAGGCACUGAGAAACUUCUAGUGGAAACGUAUGCCAUUGAAUUUACACUGAAGACGCAGAGAAAGACUUCUUGUGAAAAUGUUUGCCAUUGCAUUUAUUACGUUUUUAAGAGAGAAAAUACCCCUGCGUUUAAUGUUUUCUUGCAAACCAAGUUAGAUCUCCGAUGUGCUUAAACACAUUCUCACUAAUUAAUUAACCCUUCCCUGUGCUGAGCGAUAGGUUCACAUAACAGAAGGUAGAAACAUACACAGAGACACACAGACAGACUCAAUGCUAGACACAGAGACACACAGACAGACUCAAUGCUAGACACAGAGACACACAGACAGACUCAAUGCUAGACACAGAGACACACAGACAGACUCAAUGCUAGACACAGAGACACACAGACAGACUCAAUGCUAGACACAGAGACACACAGACAGACUCAAUGCUAGACACAGAGACACACAGACAGACUCAAUGCUAGGGUUCUUGUAACCAGAGUAUGUUUAAAAUAUCCACAAUCUAUGCAUGAGUUAAAAAUGCCUUUCUUUAUAAACUUUUUUUUUUCAUUGUUUAAUAACUGUGUUUCUUUGAAGUCAUCUUUUAAGAAUUUAACUGUCAUAUCGAUUAUGUUUGAAAUUGUAACGCACAAAAAAAAAAAUCUUCUGUAGGAACUGGUGUCAGUCGGUGUGGUCGUUGAAUGCUGUGUAUUUAUUUAAACAACUGAAUCAGUGGCCCUCAUAGCUGGACACCUGGCCAAAAUCAGUGUUGUGCCAGAGGCAUCAUGUCCGAUUUGUCAAUGGACAUCAUGUGGAAUAACCUUAAUGUAAUUACUGCAAUCACCUCCAAUUACAAUCUCCAACUUUGAUCAAUCUCUGCUUUCAUUCCAUACGAUUCCCAGCCCUGGUCCUUGGGGGGGGACCCCUGUGUCUUCUGCUUUUCGUUUUAACUGAGCUCUCAAUUACUUAACUGAAACCCUUAAUUGAACUGCUAAUUAGCUUAAUUAGACCUUUUCUGGUGGAUUUCAAGUGAACUAUAACAUAUUAGAAGUAACUUGAAAUCUGCAACUUUUUUAGAAGCUGAAAACAAUUGAAAAUGUCUAAGCAAAUUAGUUCAAUUAAGGGUUUAGUGAAGUAAUUGAGAGCUCAGUUGGACUGAAACCAGAUCAAUCUGUUGGAAUGUCCCAUUUUGGAAUAAGAAGUUGUUGUGACUAGCUUCAGUAAUUAGUUUUGCACAUCCAUUCGCUAAAUAAAUAUCAAAUGUGUAAUUCUGAAAACAAUCUUUUAGCAAACAUGUUUUUUCAUUUUAAAUCGUGGUCUCUGGUGCUACAUUAGAUUAAAGAAAUCUGUUUGCACAAGCCCUGCUUUCAGAGCUCACACCUCCUUGGUCAUCUGGAGGGUGAAACUGUACCCCUUUAAGUCUUAAUUCCUGUCAAUAACCAACCAGCAGCUGCUUCUCUUAUUGACUGACACGCAGACGAUACUGAUGACCCAGGAAGUGCAAGCGUAAUAGACUUCCUGGAAGACAACGCAAGCAAACUAAGAACUUUCUUUAGCCCAGCGCAGUACCAGAUAUGUUUUAAAAUGAAAAUGCAUGUUUGCGAUAUCAUAUUAUCUUUUGAACGUGUACAGUGAAUGGAAGUGGAUGACAGGUAAGAUUUCUGAAAGCAUUUUGUAAGAUACAAGCCCUUUCCAGAGAGAACGAUGACCACGUCUUGGACGAUGAGGACCACUGAUCUAAAUCCAGGGUGUGGCUAUGCUGAAUGCGACACUGUAAAAGUGUGUUCCAGUUUAUCAGUCUCUCUCAAACUUUCUGUCUUUUUAACACAUUGGGGGUUUGUUAGUAACAAAAUUAAUUGAAAACAAUUAAAAAGGUAUAGGGUUUGUUUUUUUUUAAAUAAAAAAAAUACUAAAGCA